GCUGUCGGAGUGUCACGAGUGAACAUAACCUCAAAACACCCACAGAAAAUUGUCGACCACCAACAAAAUUAAUAAAAGCGGGUUCCUUUUUACAAAACGCGGGGUAUUUUUAGCCGACGGACGAAAACAAGUGGUAAAAUAUUUUGGGGCCCACGCAACGAACAACGCUACUGAAAAAAUGAUAAGGUUUGCCAUUAAAGCUGGGUUAGCUGCUGGGGCUGUCUAUUAUAUAAAAGAAGAAGGUAUUUGGAAGGAAAGCCAAGAGGCUUUAAAAGCGUAUGACAAACUAAAUACGGCAAUGGAGCCCUAUGUUGGUGAAAUACGUAAGCAAAUUCCUUUUGAGCUGCCUAAAAUUCCAGCCAGUGACAGAACCACUGAAAAUAUUCAGUUGUAUUGGAAUAAGGGCGUAACUUCCAGUUUUGAGUUUUUGAGUGAAUUGCCAGGUUUGGUCAGUACAUGGACUAGAAAUGGGGUUAACGCGGUUUUAGAGAACCCAGAGGUGAAGAAGUUGCUUAAGUAAAUGUAUUAGUCCGAGUUACGGGAACUCUGGAUGUAAUAAAGCGUUUUUUUGUUCGA